AUGACCACGAACCCCACAAGCAGCAGCGAGCGGUUCUCCGCCGCAGCGUAUGAAAAUGAUGGUAAACACCACAUCCUGCUGUCCGCGAGCGGAUCUGUCGCCGCGAUAAAGAUCCCCCUGAUCGCCAGAUCCCUCGGUUCCCACCCGAACGUGUCCAUCCGUGUCGUCCUGACAGAAGCCGCCGAGCAGUUUCUGCAAGGCCAGUCGGCCGAACAACCCCCGCUACGCUCCCUCCUGGACUAUCCCGGCGUGGACGGUGUGUACCAUGAAGAGGACGAGUGGGCGAAGCCCUGGGUGCGGGGCGACAAGAUCUUGCACAUUGAACUGAGGCGGUGGGCGCACGUGCUGAUCGUCGCGCCGUUGUCGGCCAACUCCAUGGCGAAGAUCGUCAACGGCAUCAGCGACGGUCUGCUCCUGAAUGUCAUCCGCGCGUGGGACACCACGGGUAUGAUCGACAUGCGCAAGAAGAGGAUAUUUGUCGCGCCAGCCAUGAACACCGCCAUGUGGCGUCAUCCGAUCACGAGAAAGCACAUCCAAGUGCUUGAGGAGGACUGGGGCGCCGAUAAGGACGGCUGGAUCACCAUCUUGAGACCUACGGAGAAGGAGUUGGCGUGUGGCGACACGGGCGAUGGCGCCAUGAUGGACUGGAGACAGAUUGUGAGUUACGUUGACGAGCACUUGGCUCUGGGUAUUCAAGAUUUUUAUGAGGUCAACGGCCAGUGA